AUGAGUGGCGCAGGCGGGAACGCCACUCAGCAGUUGCGACUCGCCAGACACCACCACAGGAAUCAAAGACAAUCGCAUUACUCCCACACCUCCUUCACCUCCACAGAUAACCAAAAUGUACGUUGCUCUCCCUUUGCCACAUAUCUCCCUACUAACACGCCCAACAGGGUCGUCUUCGCUCUCCUCAUAAUCAACAAAGCCGGCGGCCUAGUCUAUAAUCGCACCUUCGCCCCAGGUCUCCAAAAACUCGACGGCAACGACUACCUCAUCCUCGCAGGCACCUUCCACGGCAUCCACGCCAUCAGCCGCCAAAUCAACCCGGCCCCAGCAGCCCAACAUCUCCCCGGCUACCGACGCCCGCCCACCACCGGCCUCGAGAGUCUGGAGAGCAGCCACUUCCGCUUGACGUGUUUCCAGACGCCGACGGGGGUCAAGUUUCUGCUGUUCACGAGCCCCGAGCAGCCGAAUACGGAGGUGGUGGUGCGGAGGUGUUAUGAGAUCUAUGGGGAUUAUGUGAUGAAGAAUCCGUUCUAUUCCAUGGAGAUGCCGAUUCGGGUGGAGAAGUUUGAUCGGGCGCUUGGGGGGUAUCUUGUUCGGCCGUGA